GGGACGAGUUUCUCAAGAUUCUCGGAAGUUCCCACUCUACUCGCCACAUACUCACAAUCCAAGAAACUUCGGCCUGAUCAUUAUUAUUUCUGUUUUUAUGUCACAGAUUUAAGUGGAAUAUGCUGUUUGUAGCGUUAACGAAGGUGCAAAUUCGAAAUAUUAUUCGUCUGCUAUUGGUUCGCGCAUGAAAGGAAGUUGCACUUUUGCGCAAUCUCAGUAGACAAAUUGGGCAAAAAGAGUACCACUGACGAUAUUCGACGUGAGGUGAAGCCUAAGAACACGAAAUUAGAAGAAGAUUUACAGAGAAAGAGAGAGGGAGGACUUGGGGACCUGUAUUCAGGGGACUUGAACCCGGGCCUCCUCCGACUCGGACAGGGGCGCUCUUCGUUGCGCCAUCAAGGCCCUGUUGCUGGAAUUAAUACCGAUUACUUGCUAAAACAAUGGCUGCUGCUUUCAAUCAAUAUGACAAGUACAGUUGGUAUUUUGGUGCAAUGUCACGACAAGAUGCCUCGGAUUUACUCAUGGGUGAAAAAGUAGGCGGUGUAUUCUUAGUUCGUGACAGCACAUCGAUACAUGGAGAUUUUGUUCUAUGUGUACGAGAAGACAACAAGGUUAGCCAUUAUAUUAUAAAUAAAAUUCAGCAGGGUGAUCAAAUACGUUAUCGGAUUGGAGAUCAAACGUUUCCUGAUAUUCCCAACCUUUUGGCUUUUUACAAAUUACAUUAUUUGGAUACAACACCACUGAUCAGGCCUGCAUCUAAAAAGACACAGAGGGUAAUAGCAAAAUAUGAUUUUGAAGGCAAUGAUCCUGAUGAUUUACCGUUUAGGAAAGGAGAAAUUCUUACAAUUAUAUCAAAAGAUGAAGAACAAUGGUGGACUGCUAGAAAUAGCCUUGGUCAAACUGGUUCAGUUCCAGUACCAUAUGUUCAGAAGUAUGAAGAAGACAAUCACUCUGUGAUUGAGAAUAAUUCAUGCCCAGAAAGUGGCGGAAGUUCAACUACAAAUUCUAAUUCGGUUUCUGCUUGUCAAAUGUCUUAUCCAGAAAGUGGACAAGGGACCACCCGCAGAUCAAAUAUUCAAAGAACAUUGCCUGCUUUUGCAAAAGUGAAACAAGCAAGGGUACCAAAUGCAUAUGAUAAAACUGCUUUAAAAUUAGAAGUUGGAGAUGUGAUAAAAGUAACAAAGACUAAUAUAAAUGGUCAGUGGGAAGGUGAAUUGCAUGGCAAGGUUGGCCAUUUUCCAUUCACACAUGUUGAGUUUGUAGAUAAUGAGACUGGAGAAGACAAUCAGGAAAUUUAAUGGAAGUCUUCCAGGUGUGAUGAAUAAAAGAAAUUGACUUGGAAAGUUCUACAUUGGCAGUUUAAGUUUACAUUAGCAGCUAUUCUGUGUACUGGUACAUGAAAUCAGUCUAUUUUAAAAUUCUGUAUACAAUUUGUAACUUCAAACAUAACGUCAAUUUUGUGACGUUUUUAUUAAUUAUAUAAUACUUUAAAUAUACAAAAUUUAUGUGAAUAUUUUUACAACUCGUUUAACUUUUCUAGUCAUAAAAUAAUAAAUAAUCAUGUACGAUUACUGAUUAAUAUCGAUUCAAAAGUUAUAGAAACAUUCUUUUCAUUUAAGUUUUGUACCGGUACAUACAUAUUGUGCUGCUUAGCCAUAGGUUGUGCCACAGAUGGAGCAACAUUUUCUACUAGAAUAUUCUAUUUAAUGAUGGAGCUGUUAACCAUAUUACAAUUGUAAUUAUAUAUAAAUUACGCUAAUUAUAUAUUACUAUGUAAUUAUAUAAGUUCUAAUUGAUUAGUAACUCUUUUAAGAGAGCAGAAUCUGUGAAUUUACGUUUAUACAUGAAUGGUAUUAUAUUGUCAUGAUUGUAAGUUAUGCAAAUUACUUGUUAAUAUGUAAUUAUACAAAUUGCAAGAACAUUUAGUUUUGUAAAAAUAGUAGCAACUUUAAAGUUCCGCUUUACGCUAUAUAUACAUAUACAUAUUAGUUUUAUCGUAACAACAGUCAUAUAUGAGUUAUUGUAAAUUAUAUAUUAGUAUAUAUAAGUGAAAUAUGUCCUGAA